AUGAUGUCUUUCCAACGACUUAUGUUCGCGGCCCGCGCCGCCAGGGACGCUCUCACACGAGCUGCUCCUCUGGCAGAUGCUGUCAUAAAAUCCCUUAUAUCAGUCAUAGUUAUCUGCUGCAUCGCCGUCUCAUCCCCCCAGUCGGCUUCGGCGAAACCCUUCGCUUUUAGUUUCCCGGCGAGCUGGUCGCUGGCAGGCUUGGUGGGCAGUGUCGGUGCCAGGUCUGAAGUGGAAAAGAGAGACGCUGGUGUGAAGCCCUACACUGGGAGACGAGUGGGCAACGAUACUCUUCGCAUGAUCUAUUACCAUGAUCAGACUGUCGCCGUUGUGGAGCUAGGGGAGGACAAGCUGCUUCUCAACUGCGAGCUCAUCGAGACAUUUGAUGAGGACGACACGGGCCGACUCCUCCGGAAACUCAGUCGCAUCAACCGCCCGCUGGGCAUCAACUUUCCGCAAAUGGUGAAGCUCAUGGGCCAGUGCCAGCAGGUAACAUCACGUCUCUACCAACAGGUUGAGGGGGUAGAAUCUAAUGACGUGAGUCACCGCGACGGGUGGCAGGAGCGCGGGGACGGUGCCGCUGAAGAACGUCUUCGAGCUGGUGGCGCACACGCUGGCCUACUUGGUGGUAGCCCUCUAUCUCUGCUGCAGGGGAUUAUACCUGGCACAAAAUGGUGUGGCACAGGCGACAUAGCGAACGACUACCACGACCUAGGCGCAGACCGCUGGCUCGACCGCUGCUGCCGAACCCACGACCUCUGUCCCAGUAAAGUGCGCGCAUUCUCCCGACGAUACAACCUUACCAAUAACUCACUCUACAGCAAAUCUCAUUGUACUUGCGACGACAUGCUCUUCGACUGUCUCAAAGCGACCAACACCUCGGCCGCACAUCUCAUGGGACACAUAUACUUUAAUAUCGUUCAAGUGCCGUGCUUAGAGGAUCUUCCUACCGGCCGACGCUUCAGAGAAGCGAGACAAGGGUUC